UCCGGUGGGGGCGGGGCCUCGGGGCCGGCGGGAGCCGCCGCUCGGUGUGCCCCACGCGUGUCCCUGUGCCCCACGCGUGUCCCUGUGCCCCACACGUGUCCCCGCGCCUCAGGGCACCCCCACAGCCGCCCCGGGGGGCUCCCCGGUGCCACCGCAGCCCCUCCGUGUCCCCAGGACCCCCCCGCAGGGAUGGAGGGGCGCGGGGAGGAGGCGCCGGAGCCGGAGGCGUCGGAGCCGUCGGAGGAUGAGGAGGAGGAGGAGGAGGAGGACGAAGGCUCCGGGGUGCGGGUGACGCCGGCGCUGCUCAAGGCGGCCACGGGCGAGUUCUCGCUGGAGUCCAUCCUGCUGCUGCGGCUGCGGGGCCGCGGCAUCGCCCACCUGGGCUGCCUGGCCGACUGCUCCAACCUCGAGUGGCUGGACCUGUCCGGCAACGCCAUCGCGGGGCUGGCGCCGCUGGCCACGCUGCGCGCCCUGGCCGUGCUCAACCUGGCCGGGAACCGCGUGGCGAGCGUGGAGCCGCUGCGGGGCUGCCGCAGCCUCCGCCAGCUCAACCUGGCCGGGAACCGCCUGCGCAGCCUCCGCCAGCUGCGCUGCCUGCAGGGGCUGCGGCACCUGGAGAGCCUGAGGCUGCGGGACCCGCUGGGCAACCUGGGCAACCCCCUGUGCGCCUCGCCCGCCUACCGCGCCGCGCUGGCCGCGAUGCUGCCCGGCCUCAAGGCCAUCGACGGGCAGCGUGUGGCCGGCAGGGGCAGCGAGCUGUUCCGCCUGUGCCGGGAGCUGGACGCCGCGCUGGACACCGAGAGCGCGCCCGCCGCGCCCGCAGAGCCGCCGCAGCCCUGGGUGCGGGCCGGCUUCUGGGAGCCGCGGCCACCGGCCCGGAGCGCGGUGCUGGAGGAGGCCACCAGGCAGCUGGGCCAGGCCCUGAGAGAGUGCCGGGAGCUCGGCCGCCGCGCCGAUGACUCCAUCGCACAGGCCCGGCGGGCGCUCGGCCGCCGCCACCACGGCAACUUCGGCUUCUGAGAGCGGCCAUGGGGCCGGGGAUGGAGCCCGGAGCCGCCAGGGACCGCGGCACGGCCGGGAGAACCCCCGGAGGAGCCGCGGCCCCGGAGCCCGCGUGCUCUGAGCUGUGCGGCCCCAAAAAUGGGACUGGAGAACCCCCAAAGCCAUUGCAACCCAAAGCCGCCGUCAUCUGAGCCACCGGAGCCCAAAAACGGGGCCGGGAGAGCCCCCAGAGCCACAACAGCCUGAGCUGGGGGACCCCCAGAGCCGUCACGAGUCCAGCUGCUUCACCUGAACCGUGACACCCCAAAAACUCUGCCAGCCCUGCCCAACCUCAUCUUCUUAGCCACGGGACCCCAAAACUGGAUCCAGGACAGCCCCCAGAGCCAAACUGUCACCGUGAGACCCCCAGAGCCACCACAAGCCUGUCUUCAUCUUCAGAGCUGCGGGACCCCCGCACUGGAGCUGGGGUACCCCAGAGCCCCCCCGGCAGGACCACGGCACCCCCCCAGUGCCAGCACGGGAUGCCCAGGGAGCGCCCGAGGAGCCGUGGGGAGCCCGGCCUCAGCCCUGGCACGGCUCAGGGACACUGUGCAUUAAACCUGUCCCACCCUGCAGUGUCCCUCUGUCCUGCGGCCUCGGGGGUCUCUGCGCUGCUCAGCACCCAUCACAGCCCUGUCCUUCACCCCUGGGGACAGCGGGGGACACGGGCAGUGGUGACAUGGGGCACCCAGCAGGGCCCUGUCUGAUCCCCGGG